AAAAUAUUUUUAAUCGCAACGAAUUUCGUCCUCGGUGUGUACAGACUAAUACGAAUGCAUGUGUUUAAUAGACUGCGUAAUUUCGUGCGAAUAUUUCGUCCGAAAAAUCGGACUCGGUGUGUACGGGCUUUUAAGGCUGUGGGUUUAAAGUGUGAGUUUAAAAUGUCGGCACCUGGCAACCUUAUUACUGCGUCGGUGCGCGCUCCUUCAAGACCUGUAGGAACGCCUCCCAUAUGUUAGUCCUCAGCAUGGUCCUCAAGCCUGCCUUUACUCGGGUGAAUUGUAAAUCUUCGAGCUACGUUGUUCAUGUAACCUCGACAUCAGCUUUGAUCUAAUAUGGAUAGUCGUUUUUUUCAUUGAGAAUACACAUAAGUUCUUCUCCAACAACCGCGGAUAACUCGUAAUGGAUCUUACCAUCUGGUGUUUAAUAUUUGGAGUUCUAACUUGCCUGAAUUCUGCUGCUUCAGGUCAAGCCUUUCUCAUUCCUGGUCCAGAGAAUGUGACUGUGGACUGUGAUAACUUUGACACCAUUGUGUACUGGAAUUACUCCGAUCUCUUGAUAGGAACUCUUUUUCAAGUAGAGUUUAAAAGCGACAUUGGCAAUAAGAACACCUUCAAGACGGAGGCACACCAUGUCAACAUCACUAGCCGACUGAACAACACAAACUACGCCGUGUACACCAUAAGAAUCCGGGCCCAGAACGUAACUCACACCUCCAAAUUCUCUUCGCCUGUUAGGUUUGCUUUUGAUAACCGCAUGGAAGGAGACAUUAUAUGUAAUCUGGACUUCCCACCUGUAACCCUGAAGUACGAGUAUGGAGACCUCACCCUGAGUUUCCAGAAUCCUCUGCACCUGUAUGAAAACACUCCAGCCCUCAAGUAUCUCAAGAAAAACACAGACCCAAACCUGGAGACGUCCAACUUGAGCUACGAAGUAGUUGAUCAGAGCAACAGAGCCACAGAGUUUACCUGUCCUUAUGAGAAGAGCGUGUGUGCAGAGACGCUGCACAUCUCAGCCAAAAAGGACCACUACUGCGUCAACGUGUCGGGGAGCAUCGUGCGGGCAAACGUCCGCGCUGCAAAGUUUUGCUACAAUGGGCCGGAGAAGGGUCGACCACUGCCCAGUCAUAUCGUUGCCAUCGUAUUUGCGAUGGUCCUUAUCGGCACUAUCAUUUUCCUGGCUGCUUUAGUAUCCUGGAAGACGAGGGCCAAAACCCACCCCAUUCCUACACCACAUGUGCCUCCUCUCACUGAACGAAGACCCGUUUAUCCGGACCCACCCGGGCGGUCCGAAAGCGUCGAUAUUCUGUGGGUGGACUCGUCGCUGUCGGUAACUUCCGAGGACCCGCUCCUGUCGGACCACAGCUCCAGCAGCUGCCGCAGCAGUGCCCAUUGCUCCUGCUUCAUUAGCCCAGGCCGCGUGCAGACCGGAGCGAGUCUGGCGAGCGACGAUGUGGAGCGAGACACCGAAUUGACCGGUUGGUCAAUCGAAAGGUCAAGUCAGGACCUGAGACUCUUGGAGACGUCGGGAGGGACGCUCUCAUCGGACGACUCGCCUCACGCCUAUGACAUCUUCGUGGACCUGAGGCCACGCGGCCGGGACGGCGUGGACGCAGAAGAAGAGGUGAGGUACAGCGAGGGUAAGACCAAUGGACACCCCGCAAACCAAGAGUCGUCAGGAGGGACAGCGCUGUCCGGUUACGACUCGUCGCACGGCAUCUCCGUGGAGCUGGAGCCAGGGGACUGCGUGGAUGGCUACACAGUGGACAGAGCAUGUUCGGAGAGCGAGGACAUGGAGCGAGACACCGAAUCGACCAAUUGGUCAAGCGAAAGGUCCGCUCAGGACCUGAGAGACUCAGAGGUGUCAGGAGGAACGGUGCUGUCCGAUUACGACUCGCCUCACAACAUCUCCGUGGAGCUGGGGCAAGGGGACUUUGUGGAUGGCUACACAGCCAGGAAGCGUUUGGCUUGAGGUCGGGCGUGUCUGCAAUUGAGAGUGAACGUUUUAAAAGGCAGAGUCCGCAAAUUUUGGAGAAAGAUUGUUAAGAAUUGAGCUCAACAGCCAAUCAAGUUGCACCCUUUGUUUCCGUGCUCCUAAAGCUCAACUUAGCAGGGCGUGACCAGGCUAGCCAAACUGCCUUGACUUCAAUGCAAAAGAGACAGCAGAUUUGUUGCCAGGCAGUCAGCCUAUACUCAACCAUGUUGAUGGCCAUUGCUGCCCUCUGCUCCUUAACAGCGCGCCAACGGGCUUUACACACACUCUCAUCUUACACACACUGCCACACUCCCAUCUCAGGAGGUCUGGGUUAAAUAAAUAUGCUGAUUUUACCAAGAGUGAUGGACUUUGAUGGGUUUUGGCAAAAAUAAAUAAAUCUAUAUGAAUGAAUGUCUAUACAAACAUACAUACAUGGCCUUUGGUCCAUUAAAGACAAACUGGGACUACAACAGGUUAGAGAGCCCUGCUAAUGGAGCAAUGGAACUGCUUGGAGAUGAAACAUUGGAACUGCUUGGAGAUGAAACAUUCAUUCCCACUGGACCUGUAGGCAGUUAUGUAUCCACUCUAUGUGGAAAUGUGUGAGGAACACUUCCUGGAGAUUUGCAUCAGGGUAGUGGUUACGGAUCUGAAUAAGCCUCUGUUCAUCAGCCAACAUCAAAGAGAGAGAGAGAGAGAGAGAGAGAGAGAGAGUGAACAUGAAUGACAGUUCAAAGGACUGGUGACAGGUGCAGUAUUUUCAGAUCUCUAUUUCUGGCUAGUGCUAGCUUGUUUAGCAGGCACCAGGUAAGGUGACACUUUACUUUAGGUUUCUACUAAGAGUGACACGACACUCAUAACCCUACCACUAACCCUUACUUGUCAUGACAAAAAACAAAUGACAAUUGACAGAAGCGUUAUGUCAAUUAUGACUUUUUUUUUUUUUUUAGUUUAUAAUGUUUAUGACAUGCUCUUGACAGUGUCAUGUCACUCUUAUACAGAUACCUUCAACUAACGUGUACCUGGUUAUUUUAAGCGCUAGAAGAUGGUGUCUGUCUGGUUGUCAAACUAGUUAGUAGGCGGGCAUACUA